AUGAAAGUUGUGAUCGCCUUAGCAUGCCUAAUGGCCUUGGCCGCUGCCGUUGAUGAGACGGACGUAGUAGUCGAAGUAGCUGACCUGGACGCUGCCGAACACAAGCGUGGUGGAUACUACAGAGGAUACGGUGGCGGAUACCACGGAGGAUACCACGGAGGAUACAGAGGCUAUGGUGGACACAGAGGAUAUGGAUGGGGCCGUAAACGUCGUUCGGUUGAAGACGACGUGCUGACCGCCGACUUGGACACGGCUGAACAUCGCCGUGGAGGUUGGGGAUAUGGAGGCCGUGGAGGCUACGGCGGAUGGGGACAUGGAGGUUAUGGUGGAUACGGAGGUUAUGGAGGGUAUAGACGUUAUGGUGGAUAUGGUGGAUAUUAUCAUGGCUAA